AACAAUCAAAAAACAACAACAACAACGAGGAUUCUAAAUGUCAAUUGUCAAAUGAAAAUGAAAUCAUCAACAAGGACAAUAACAAAACAUCAGCAUCCUCGUCGUUAACAUUACAAAAGACAUCUGCUGAUGAUAAUGAUGAUAAUCAGCCAAAACAACAACAACAAUCCGAUAAAAAGAAGAAAAAGAAACCGAUUAAAACAUCGAAAAAUGAAAAAGCAAUAUUGAAUGAAACGGAAAAUGUCAUUACCAAACUACUGCCAUCACCACCACCCGCAAAACAACAAGAAUUACGAAUAACAAAAUCGGUUGAAAAUGAAUCGAAUCAUCAACAACAGAUUUCAUCGUCAUUAUCAUCAUCGACAUCAUUACAGACAAAAUCAUCAUCGAAAACAAUAACCGAUACAAAUUUAUUAUCACCACCAACAAAGAUUAAAAUCAAUCAACAAUUGGAUCCAUUUCAACAAAAUAAUGAUAAUAAUCGUCAACGACGUCAACAAAGAAUACGUUUUCGUGAAUAUUGUAUUGAUGAUUUUCGUUUUCUAACUGUAUUAGGUCGUGGUAGUUUUGAUGAUGAUGUUGAAUCAAUUAUGAUUGAACGUAAAGUAUUGGCAUUGGGUACAUCGCAUCCAUUUAUUUGUAAAUUAUUUUGUACAUUUCAAACUGAGAGUCAUUUAUUUUUUGCAAUGGAACUUUGUUCCGGUGGUGAUCUAAUGUUUCAUGUACAAAAAGAGGGAAAAUUUUCGGAAAAUAAAGCAAAAUUUUAUGCAUCCGAAAUGAUCUGUGCAUUAUGGUUUCUACAUAAACGUAGUAUCAUUUAUCGUGAUCUCAAACUAGAUAAUGUUAUGAUUGCUAAUGAUGGACACAUUCGUUUAGUUGAUUUUGGAAUGUGCGUUGGUAAAAUGUAUCGUGAAGAAUUUUUACCAUCAAAUUUUUGUGGUACACCGGAAUAUAUGGCACCCGAGAUUAUAAAAGGUAUAAAAUAUAAUCAUUCAGUUGAUUAUUGGGCAUUAGGUGUUGUUAUUUAUGAAAUGUUAGUCGGUACAUCACCAUUUAACGGUACGGAUGAAGAUGAAUUAUUAUGGAAUGUUUGUAAUACCGAAGUACAUUAUCCAAAAUUUCUUUCGGAACAGGUGAAAAAUUUAAUUGUUUUGUUACUCAAAAAAAAUCCACAAGAAAGAUUAGGGCUACCGAAUAGUCCGUCUGGUGAAAUUGUACAACAACAAUGGUUUCAUGGUAUACAAUGGGAUUCGGUGGAAAAAUGUCAAUUAAAACCACCAUUCAUACCGAAAUUGGCACAUGAUGCAGAUGUAUCAUAUUUUGAUCAAUAUUUUACCAAAGAAAUUCCUUGUAUAACACCAUGUGAAAAAUUAAUCAAUGAUAAUGAUCAAUUAUUGUUUCAAGGUUUUAAUUAUACUAAUCAUAGAAUGACUGAAUGAAUAAAUGAAUGAAAUCAACAAUCAAACAUCAAAUAAUUUAUGUA